AGUCCAAUAAAAUGUCUGCCAUUGCCAACCUACACGUGUUUUCCGUAAUUUUCAGCAGUUUGUGUCAAUUAGACCCAUUUCUAAUUAUCCCACAUUUCCCAAAAAUGAAGAAAUUCAAAAAGUGGAUAGUAACUUUCAUCUUUUCAAACUGGCAGUUAGAGAUGACAAAUUCCGUUCGCUGGAUCUGAGUCCCAACAAGUCGUUGAAUACUGUUUGAUAUCAUACGGACGUAAAGUAUACGGAGAGCAGCAGUUCAUCCUCCACGUUCCAACAAAAUGCCAACUGAUCAAGACUUGCCCUUGGUUUGGCCAGUUGCCAGAUCUUUCCAUCCAGGUAGUGUCCCGCUGCCCUUGCAUCAGGAAUGGCUUGUUCUGGUGGCAACACCACCCGGUAAAUUUGCCAAUGCAGAGUUGAUGAAGAUCCCCAACUUUCUUCACUUGACACCACCCGCUAGCCAAGCAUCGAAAAAGUUCUGCUCAGAGUGGCUGAAAGAGUUGGAUACCAACGAAAAGAUUGAAAAUCAUUUACCCAUCACAAUCACAACUAGUGAUUACCUCCAUUCUUCCCCCUCAUUGAGAGAUGCCCGAUCCAGAAUAGUAACAUUCCAGGUGAAAUCGAGCUCUUUGAAAUCGUACAAUCACGCCAAGGAUAAACUGCUUCGACUAGUGAAAGAGCGUUACACGAUCGUCUCUGAGCAGUGUCCUUUGAGAAUGCAGAACUUCAAUUACGCCAUGUAUCUGCUGAAUGUUUUCGUCAGCGAGUCUUGGAAAACUGAGCCGUGGGAGGAUGAGAAAUGCGAAGCAGACAUGGAAAAAUAUGUGUGGGAAGGGAGCCAGUCGCAACCACCAGUGGAGCAGCUGCUCCAACGAAUGCCGGACAAAGAGAAAGCCCAAGACAUGCCGGAUGUCAUCGAACAGUACGCAGCCUAUGCUGGUUUAUCGUGUAUGUUCGCGUAGUUGCUGUCCGCUGUGGUACGUUGUUGCAGCCUAUGCUGGUUAUAGAUCUUUCUGCAUCAAAUUCAAUUGGCCGUUUGGUGCUGGUGUCGUGUUACCGAAGUUGUAUUAUUAUUUUACUAAAUUGGCAUUGUGUCAAUGUAGUUUACCGUUAAUAUGUUAAGAAGGAACAAAAAAGAAAUAUGGGGAUGUUUAUGUCAAACAAAUAAUAAACAUGUUUUCGGGAUUGGGAAAGGAAAGAGGAGGAUGUUGGAGGGGGGAUAUUUCAAGUUUGGUUAAAAACAGUUAAUUUAUAACCCUACAAACAUAUCCCUACCAGUUAAUCUCCAAACCCCACAAACUUAUACCUUCUAAUUCUUCUGACCCCACAAACAUUACACCUACCAACCCUCAAAUGUAUACCCUAAACCACAUAAACCAAUGUCAAACCCUAUGUCUGUAAUAAAUAAAAAAACUUAAUACGUCAAA